AUGCUCAACAAACAACACAGCUUCUCGCGCAUCGUGAAUGUGAUUCUGCGCCUCGAAGAUCGACAAGUCCAAGAGUUUAUGGAGAUAUACGUUUGCGAGUAUUCCGGUUGGGACAAAUGGCAAAAGGAGGUGGGAAAGAUUCCGCGUGAGGCACUCCAAGAGCAUGCAAUAGAAAAGGGGCAAACUGUCGACGAGCUUCUUGAACAGUACCGUCCUCCUUUCUGCACUGAGAAAAUCACCCCUGAAGACCGAGAGACGGGGGCCAUAUUCUUACUCAACUUCCCGACGUUAGCUCGGCAAUUUGAGGACCUCGAAGAUAUGCGCGGCUUCUUGCUUAUGGAUAUCGAAUGGAACUACAUCCAAGAUGCCAUCGACAAGCAGCGCAUUCCAAUUCCAAUCGUACUAUCGGGUAUCGUGGGCCGUGAUGAUGCUUUGGAUGAUACAGAGUGCAGGGAUGAGAGCGCGACCGAUGGUAUUGGAAUCACAACAGACACUGUUGCUCGGGGUGAAUACCUUGUCAACUUCGAUGUACUCCAGCUGGUACCGGAUACUCGACCUUUCAGUCCUUUAACAGGAUUACUACUCCCGCAAAUGAGUCCACCUCAGACACAUCACGAAUUUAAAAGUGACGGGCCUGUCGGUAGUGCCGUUGUGAAUGACACUCUUAGUCCAUCGUUUGGACAGAGUACUCCCCCACCUACACCCUCUUCUCGACUUCGCGAUAUGCUUGAUGAGAAGUAUCGCGACUUUUUGGAGGAAGAGAAGAAGCUGGAAAACGAAAGCUCCAGCGAAGACGAUGGUGAGGGAAUUGGAAACAUGGUCGUUCCGGAACCAGAAAAAGAUGACGAGGAGUACUGUCCAAAUACGAAGAGAUCUUCGAAAAGGACCAGAAAGAUGACCCUCAAGAAGAAAGAGAGUGACAAGAUGAUGGCCCAGAAGAAGAAGAAAAUUGGAGGGUCCCGAAAGCAGAAGAAGCUUCAAGAAGAUUCUGAAGCUGAAGAGGACAGCAAUUACGCUUUCGAAGCCAUCAGUAAUGCCCCAAAGACACCAACGAAACGAAAAAAAGGGGUCACUGCGGGCCAGAGUGACCCCCCUUCUUCUGGUCGCAUCAAGCUUAUCGUCAGAUCAUCUCGGAAAGAUACUCCAACCAAGCCAAAGGGUCACAGAUCUACGGAUAUCAUGCCUAGCGAAGACCCAACAGCAAACAGUGCAGUUUCCGCUAGCCAUGCGAUAUCCGCCAAACAUGCGGUAUACGCCGCGAUGUCGACAAGCGCCCAUUUCGCCCAAACAGCUGUCCGUAGGAGCGGGCAAAACAACGAGACAGAGAUAGCAAGGAUACUCAGAAAUCAGAUCCAGCCAAAUGAGCUCCGUGUUGCGUUUGAGAAAAUCAGAUCAGAAGGCGUGCAGUAUGCUGAUAGGGCCAGCUUUGCUUUGGUAGCAGAGAAAGCAGAUUGCGCAGGGAUUGCUUUUGAGGCCGACGAUGCAAACGAGGUACUGACGGGAGAAAGGAAGGAUAAUGCGUGA